AUGGUUCGGUUUAUUAUAAUUUUGCUUUGCCUUGGAUAUUCAGAGGCUCAGAUUUUGGAUGUUACUACUAGUCAUUCCAAUUUAGAGGAACGACUACUGAGCCUUCUUCUGAGAUUGCAACAGGAGCAGUACGUCGACACUCUAUUAAUUUAUGGAGAAGAUUGCGCUUUUAGUUCCUUGUCCAGGAGACUGCAAGUCCCCACAGUAUUGGUUUCUUCGGGUAGCACUGCCUUUAAAUGGAACUACAGUAGCCUAACUCUUAUUCUCAGCUGUGAGUUUCAAGCCGAGAGGGAGGAGAACUAUCGAACUCUGAUGAAGCUGCAAAUGAACAGGCGAUUGAUCCUUUUGAAAGGAAAUAUAACACCGAGCUCCGUAUGCGAAUUCUAUUCCCAGAAGGAUCAACAUAAUGUAGCCAUGGUGAACAACAACUUCCAUCAGUUUGGGAUUGUAUACGCCUGUCGGCUAUUUCAAGAACGAAACUAUGAAAAAGUGUAUCUAUACGAGGGUAAACCCAUAUAUGUAAACCACUUUCGAAACAUGCAAGGAGCAUCGAUCAAAUCAGUCACAUACAACAUGGUUCCUGGAUCUAUGGCUUACCAGGAUCCCAAAACUGGCAAAUUGAAAUAUAUUGGAUAUGUAUCGAAUUUAUUGAAUAAUUUUGUCGAGAAAAUUAAUGCCACCUUGGAAAUGCAGGAAAAAUUGAAAGAAGACGGAAGGAAAACAUCUUUUUACAAUAUUACGAAAUGGGCAUCGGAAAAUCUCGUGGAUAUUGGCAUGAGCUACGCCGCCUACUUCGCAAUGGACAACUUCGAUACGCUCUCUUAUCCGUACAUGAUGACUUCGAACUGCUUCAUGGUUCCCCUUCCGGACAUGAUGCCCUAUAGUGAGAUAUACAUGGGGAUUGUGGAUCCACCGGUCCUCAUAAUGUUCUUUGCUACAUUUUACAUUUUCUCAGUGCUGCUGAUCUACAUCAAGGAAAGGUCCUGGCGUAGUCUGAGUCCUGUUAAUGUCCUGUUUAACGAUAUCUGUUUGAGGGGAUUUUUGGCUCAGCCUUUUCCUUUUCCCCGCCAAUCCAACAGAAAACUAAAACUGAUUAUCAUGCUGGUCUGCUUUUCCAGCUUAAUCUCCACCACAAUGUAUGUGGCUUACCUGCAGUCCUUUAUGUGGGGUCCUCCAUUUGAUCCGAAGAUAAGUUCCUUCGCCGAUCUGCAGAAUUCCAGGUUCAAGCUGGCCAUUCGAGGGUACGAUAUAGAGUUGCUGCGACUGUUGAACGUGAGCAGGGAGCACGUGGUGGUCUUCGAUGACCCCGGCCAACUGGAAGAAUUGCGAGACUCCUUCGAUGACAGCUAUAUGUACCCGAUGACCGCCUUGAGUUGGGUUGCCGUCAAGGAGCAGCAGAAGCUCUUCACAUUCCCACUGUUUUAUUACUCAGAGGAAGUCUGCCUAAAUCCUAUCGGCAUCUUUAGUUUCCCCAUAAGACGACACCUGCCCUAUCGCGAUAUCUUUGAGGAACACAUGCGGCAACAAAAUGAGUUCGGUUUAUCAAAGUACUGGGUCGAUGAGAGCUUCUCGGAUAUGGUGAGACUAAAAUUUAGAACCAUGGAAGAUAUCAUUCCACCGCAGUUAGCUGAUUACAUUGAAGUAGAAGAUCUCUCCUGGGUGUUCGGCAUGUACUUGACUGGACUGGGCAUCAGUUGCUGUUGCUUUGGACUGGAGCUGCUGGGAUUUCCAAGUUGGAUGCAGCGGUUAAGACUUACCAACUGGUUUGGGGUUAGAAAUUAA